AUGGCUCCCAAGAAGGCGACCAAGGGGAAGGGUGUGGCUAUAGAGCCAACUCGUGAGAAAGGCUGGAACACGAAUGAGGAGGAAGCUGGGGAAAGGAGUGAUAGGGAUCUCAGCCCUACUCCGAGCACCGAUACCCAAACUGGGCAUCCCAGGAGUACUCGAUCCGUGGCGAGGAAGCGUCACAGCUCCUCCCAAACUGCUAGCGACAAUCUGGCGGCUAAAAUGCCACAGAUAUCAUCAUCUGGGGAUGAUACUAUGGUGGAGCAGACUGUCCCUUCCACCACAGUGGACCCGUCAAGUGGGACCGGGGCUACUCCUUCGGCGAGUAGUUCCGAUGUAAAUAAAGUCAUUGAUGCGGGGAAACAGGCCAUAGUUGUGAAACCUGCUCGUAAGUUUGGCGUCAAGGGUCUUGCUCUGAGAAGAGCUCCUUCCGAUGCAGUCCUGGUGGGGAACGUGCAGACUGAAUCCUCGGUCUCCAAAUCGGUGGAGGAGAAGCCCCCGAACACUCCUGAUGUGAGUGCUCAAGAUGCGGAGGCCAUGGCCAAUGCCAUGCUUCUGGAUUCUCCUUUGCCAAAUUCCGAAAGAGGCAAUGAGGAGGUCCUAGAGGAUGGUGGAAGUGACAAGCUUUCGGAGGAGGGAGAAGGCGUGAAGCUUCUUGAGGGAGGCGGCAAGGAUCAGCCCGAGGAGACACCUGAGGCAUUGGGAUGGGAGGAUGACCAGUCCCAGGAUGAAAUAGAGCUGAAUGCUCUGAAGGAGAGGGUUAAGACGCUCUCAUCCGAGAAGUCUGCUCUCGAGGGGAAGCUUAAAAAGCUCUCCCGGUCCAAGAAAGAUGAGAUUGAAAGACUCAAGAAGAUCAAGGCGGAUUCAGACCAGGAGAUGAAAGGAGCCCUGAAGCAGCUGAAGGAGCUAUUCGAGUCCCGAAAUUCGAUGCAGUAG